GCACGUCUUCCUGCAUGCGUCUGUAAGAGGAAACGGUCGCAUUUAUUCUGUCUCUCUCAAGCCUUGUGCAGAAACUCAACUCAAAACACAAAGGCAAACACACAGAAUCUGUCAGUGUGAGAUUAUUCUCUAUCGUCGUAAGCCUAAACUAACCGUUCACUCAGAGAAGAGUCCACGCGCACAGAUGAACUCAGAACUCGUUCAGAUGAAUCUAUGAAGCACACGCGUGAACAGAUGGAUGAAAUGAAGAGUGCUGUGAGGAAACUCGUCCGUCUGCAGGAACAGGCGCUUUGAUCUCUGGACAGACCUGAAGCUAUUCGUGGAACAAACAACCUAAAAUAACCCGCAGAAGCCGCAGCGCUUGACAGCUCCAGACGCUCACAGGUGGAAAAUCACUGAGCUCAGGGUUAAAAACAGACACACACACAGAGCUCGAUUCAUUCCGGACACAUUAGCACUCAUAUUUCAGUCCACCACAGAGAACAUUUCAGAAACGCUUCACUGUGAAGAACUUACACAGAAUCUGAUGGAGCGCUGCUUCAGGCCGAGCGACCGACAUGAGCGAGAACACGACACCGACUCAAGGUCAAACCUGACACACGGCUGUGGAGAGAAAGAGAGAGAAACAUGAGAGGAGAAUCAAACGUGUGUUUGCAUACAGAGAACACACUCGGAACAAGCACGAUCACUGACAUCCCGCGUCACACAGUUUACUGUUUCCAUGAUCAUUCAGUCCUUUCGCUACACUAACUGACUGGCUGAAUGAAGGGGUGUGUGUGUGUGUGUGUGUGUGUGUGUGUGUGUGUGUGUAGAUGCUCCUCAUCAAACACACACACACACACAUCUGGACACACAGAUUCACUGAAGAACUGAAUGUUUUCUGUCGUUACUGACGUUUUAUCCUGUGAACAUCAGAUCUGCGAUCAGAGGAGUGUUUGUGACUCUACAUUAAAGCAGAAACACACAGUAUGAAAACUGGUCUGGUUCAUUUCAGCUGUGGGAUUUUCUGGCGUUUGUCUGAACCACUGAUUGAAGAUCAGCAUCAGAGAUUACGCCGAUUAUCAACCAAAUACAGAACAGAGAAGAUCUACCCCACUAAUGUUGGAGAGCAGGAGGAAAACGUGAAGAAAAACCGAUAUAAAGACAUUCUGCCAUUUGACCACAGUCGUGUGAAGGUGACAUUAAAAACAUCCAACCAGGACACCGAUUACAUUAAUGCAAACUUCAUCAAGGGGAUCGGCGGGCCCGAGGCCUACAUCGCCACUCAGGGUCCGCUGCCCAACACUGUGCUGGACUUCUGGAGGAUGAUCUGGGAGUAUAAGGUUGCGGUCAUCGUAAUGGCGUGUCGAGAGUUUGAGAUGGGACGGAAAAAGUGUGAACGUUACUUUCCCCUGUUUGGAGAUGAGCCUUUGACCUUUGGCCCCUUCAGGAUCUCCUGUGAUUCUGAGCAGCCGCGGACGGAUUAUUUUAUCCGCACACUAUCAGUGGAGUUUGAUCAUGAAACCCGGCGAGUGACGCAGUUCCAUUACGUCAACUGGCCCGAUCACGACGUCCCAUCGUCAUUCGAUUCCAUACUGGACAUGAUCGCUCUGAUGAGGGAAUAUCAGGAGCAUGACGACGUUCCCAUCUGUGUCCAUUGCAGUGCUGGCUGUGGACGCACAGGAGCCAUCUGUGCAAUCGACUACACAUGGAACCUCCUAAAAGCUGGGAGAAUUCCUGAAGAUUUUAACGUUUUCCAGCUGAUUCAGGAGAUGAGGACACAGCGGCAUUCAGCAGUUCAGACCAAAGAGCAGUACGAGCUGGUUCAUCGAGCGAUUGCGCAGCUCUUUCAGAAACAGCUGAUGCUUUUGGAGAGUCCGACUAACUCUGAGCUCACAGACGGGAUGGAAGAGGGCAGUCCGGAAAAACCCGGUCAGAAUUCAGAUGAGGAGAGAUGGGACACACCCCCUCCCAAACCGCCCCGCAUCCGCAGUAAUCAGGUUGAGGGUGACGUGAAGGAGGAGAUUCUACAGCCUCCAGAGCCACACCCCGUCCCGCCCAUCCUCACGCCGUCUCCGCCCUCGGCCUUCCCUACGGUCACAAAUGUGCGGCAGGACAAUGACCGAUACCAUCCCAAACCCAUCCUGCACGUGCUGGCGUCGGAUCAAAACCCUGACCUCAACGAGAACUAUGACAAACCCGGGCAGGACGUCCCAGUGCCAGCCGCCCCGAGCGCCCAGCCGCCCUCGGCGCCCCCCGCCGACGGCCCGGACCGCCGUCUGGAGCGAAAGCUGAGCAUCGAGAUCAAGAAGGUGCCGCUGCAGGAGGGGCCGCGCAGCUUCGAGGGGAACAGCGUGUUGCAGCGGUCGCACGCGUUCAAGCGCUCCAACACCAGCAGCAGCUCCAUGUCCGAGGAGUCCGACGAGCCCCCGCGACCCAACCACCUGCCGCUGAAGGGGGAGAAGGGUCAGGCCACCUGGUCCGUGCCCAGUCCCGACAGAGCGGCCUCGCCGGCGGACCGUUCGCCCAGUCCCGCGACUCCGGCCGUGCCCGUCAGGGCGGCGCUGAGCUUCACCAACCCGUUGCAUUCGGACUUCAUCGACGGCGACGGUCAUCUUCACUCUGGCGUGUCCACGGCGACCAGCACGGUUUCGGCGGCGCAGCAGAGCGAUCGCGUCCCCCGCCGGGUCACGCCGAUGUCCAUCGCCGGCCAGAGCCUCCCGACGCACACCUCAAACUGUGACGACAGUGAAGAUUCACCCCCGCCUGUUCCGGAGCGAACCGCCGAGUCCUUCCUAAUGGCCACAGACCCCACAGAUGUGAAGCCGCCGCCGGCCGAAGCGUCUUCAGACGAGCCGUCGUCACAGGCGUCUGGAGACACACAAACUCCUGCUAGUCCUCCAAAGACCGUAGAUGCCGAGCAGAAGAACGGAAAGGGUCCGGAUUCGCCUCAGAACGUCCCGAAGGACAAGAGAGCGGAGACCGAGAUCGGAUUCGGCAGCCGCUGCUCGCAUCCCAAAGGCCCCCGGGAGCCUCCGUCGGAGUGGACGUGACCGCGGCUCCCGUCCGCUCCAUCCGCUCCACGCUCCUCUUUCUUCUCUGUAAGUGCCACUGUAGACGGACGGUCCAAGACUCUGCGCCCUCUUCUCUGACUAACACAAUCAGUAAAGCUACAAAGAUAAUCUCCCAUGAUGCACCUGUGCAGCCACUGCUGCUCGCUGCCAUGGACUCACUGUGCUGGUGCUAAACGUCUCGCCGGGACCAGAAACCUGCCUUACUCCUCCUGCGUGGCCGGACCAGGACCCGUUUGUUACUCGCGCAUCUUCUGCAAUAGUUUAGACUCGGACCGGACCGACGCGGGCCGGAGGAGCCGCUGCCUCGUUAACGGCGUCUUAUGCGUGUACGGGGCGAGCCGUAAAUGAUAACGAUGCAAAUGUACUAUCACUGAAUAUAUUAAUGCGAUGUAAGACGUCUGUGCAUGAAAGCGUCACGUGUACCUCAAACUGUAAGUUAUUUGCCCUCCUGUUAGAACAAACGUUUUCAGGGUUGUGUUUUCUUUUCUCCCCGUUUCUUUGCGUUCGUCAGGCCGGCAUGUAUCGGCCGCUUCACGAGACGCCGCAGGCUGGAGAUUGUAAUGAUGCUUUUUGUAAAUUGUAUUCUAGAGGUUAUUUUUGUAUGUGCCAUUUUCUCACUUCAUGGAUGACACCCUGACAGCUCGCCUGUGCCUUUUUUUUUUUUUUUUUUUUUUUUUUUUUUUUUUACUCUGUUUGUGUGUGUGUGUGUGUGUGUGUGUGUGUGUGCGUGCGCGUGUGUGUGUGUGAGACGCAGAGAGAGAAUGUGUGCAGGUUGCACAAUGUCGCAUUUAAACCUCUGGGAUUUACUCGACCUUCCAACACAGACCUGUCAAUCAAUCAACAUGUCAGUAAAAACAUUAGGAGGAAAAUGUCUCCUGCUGCUUUAUUCUCAGUACAUGCUGUGUGUGUGUGUGUGAAUGUAACUCUGUGUUUAUUUCUCAGGUUUCUACAACUUCAUAUCAGUUCUGACAGACACUCGCUCUCGCCAUCUGCUGGGGAAUAUGUGCAUUCACACAGUUGUAACGCGUGUUUGUGAACAGCAGCGUUUGGUUUUCUGUGUCUGUUGUAUUUGCUGCCGCAGUUUAUCAUCUGCCACUUUUUUUUCUGAUGUGCUAAUCUUUCAGAUACUAGAA